CAGAGGUCAGGUCCCGACGUUCAUGCCUCCAUUCUGCAAGGUACAUAGUCGUAUACUAUCGUUACCGACCUUGGUGCAGCCUGUAUGCCUGUCGACCAUGUUCAAGCGCGAGGCUGAACUUUGGUCAUCCUCUCCGCAUUUCCAGUUCCCUUUUUUCGGUGCCCUCCACUUCAGGAAGAUUGUUGACGCGAACUGACGCGUUAUCCAGUGAAACCGCGAUCUGGACUAAUCUGUAUUGGUGCAGCACGGGCGCAGGCAGUUCGUUUGAACUCGGCCAUGACGCUCUAUGCUCAAUGAAAGCCUCAGUCGAUAUUACGAAUGGUUACGUGAACAUCUACGAGCCUUUGCCACGCGUGCUAGACGUGGUAUCAGCGAAGGAGAACUUUCCGCAGUUCUAUCAAGCCUGCGAGAUACUCCAUGCCCCCACGCUGGCAUCGACUCCCGCUUGCGAAGGCAGAGAGAGACAGCUGGCGAGCGAGAGACCCAGAUGGUUACAGGGAGUGGAAAUCCGGUCAAAAUAGGAAAUUCAGAGCGCUCGAGAAGGGGAGGAGGGCGGAAGCAAAACGAACGCAGGAAGGGCCCGAACGUCAAGGAGCCAUUGCUGCGUCGCUUGAGAUGAAUACUGUGGAAGGAGCUGCCGUGUUCCAGAAGGAUCAAGAAACCGACGAGUGGUACAAGUACCAACCCCCGCCUCUCGUUGACACUGUAGAGGCUGCGAUAAAGAGAAAGAUAAGGCGGCGGAUGAGGAGGAUGGACAUAUGUGUCAACCUGAGCCUAGUCAGGGCAUUGGACUUCAAAGUUCAAGAGAACAUCUCAAAGAAAUAGCGGACCACUUCUGGGGACGCAACUCAGCGGCCAAUGAUGGCAUCCACGAGAAGAUAGGUGUGCCCAAGAACGACCUUGUGGACGGGCAACCAACUGAGGCUGAACUCGAUGACGACGAUGACGAAAACGAGAAUGAAAACGAGAGCGACAACGAAGACACUCUUAUGGCUCUCCAGACAAUGAUCCCUGCUCCCACUCAGCAUACAGACCGGGUGGACCUUGAGAAUCCAUUCAAUGCAAAGAGUCCUCCGAAGCGAACUAGGGACGCAUGCGACAUUGCCGAAGAGCGACACACAGAGCCAAGUAAGCGUCAAAGGCUUGCAGAAAGUGCGAAAAGAUCAGACGGUACCGACGUGAAUGGGAAGGUAACCGCUAAUGGCAACAUUGCUGCUGAGCUCGGCGGGAACAAAGUCGUUUCUGCUGAAUUUGCAAGGGGUUCUGAAAUCAGAGCACGGCGUAAUGCCAAUGGCGACUGGCCAUACCUGCGCAAGCUGUCGACUUUCACCAAGCUUUCUCUUUCGGAGCGAUCUCAGACCCUUAGGACUUGGACGUCGGAUACGGAAGAUUAUAUCGGAAAUAUCCAGGCUGGUACGGUACCUGUAGCGAAAGUCCUGGAUUUCUUCGAUCUUGUCGAUGUUCAUUUGGAUGCCGAAUCUCAGAGGAUGCUUGAGAUAACUCUGACUAUCGCGCAAAGUCUAGAGCAUCAUGUCAAAACAGGCGAGACAUUUGAGAAACUGCAGCUCGAGAAAGAAGAGUUGCUAACAAGGUUUCUUCCCAGCAUGAUGAAGUGAGAAAGGAUUUGCAUGCAGACUUUUUUGGGGUUCUGGUGCAAAAGAAGACAAAGCAGGAUCGCGGCUUCUCUUGGGAAAUCCAUGACGGUUGCAGAAUUGUGGCGGAAUGGCUUUCGGCAAUGGGGUUAUUUGAAUGGAAGAAUGGUACUCGGUUUGUGUGUAUUCUGUUGGACCUACUUGGAAACCAAGUCCAUGUGAGAUGAGGGAAUGCGGCAUUCAACUGAAGUGAACGACAAUUUCCAGCAGCUGUGAAGAUGAGUUCCCUAGUUUUGACUCUCAUCCACAUUGAUCUUGAUCCCG